ACCGCACGGGUCUCCCAACACGGACCAUGUCACCAAAGGCAAGCGGGCAGAGCUGGCUCCGAGCUAACCUUCGUCCGAGUGACUUCUCCUCACCCUGGUCCGGAGCCCAGCAGUUGUCAGUGUCGGGGAAGAAUGUCCCGCAGAAACCUCAGCAGCCCCCCCCGGGCCGGCGGUCCCGCUCCGCCCCCGCCGCUGUGGGGGACGGGCCAGCAGCGCCCUCGGGGCUCCCCGGGGAAAGCGGGGCCGCCUGCUUGGAGCACCUGGCCGGCGGCGUGGGACAUGGAGCAAGCCGCCGGGUGCCCCGCGGUGGGCGGCAGCUACCCGCAGAAAAACGCCGAGAUCCUCAGCAGCCAGUACGGCAUCAACCUCUUCCUGGCCGGGCUGCUGCUCACCUUCGCCUGGGCUGUGCACGCCGUGGGCAUCAGCAAGAGCCACCUGCUCUCCUACCUCAUCACGCUGAUGCUCAUCCAGCUGCUGUGGAUGCUGUGGUACCUCUGCAGGAGCUGCACGCAGAGGAGGCUGAUCCGGGACAAGGACACACACGCCGGAGCCCGCUGGCUGAAGUGUGGGAUUACAUUAUUUGCAGUGAUUACUUUAAUUCUGGAUUCCUUUAAAAUUGGAUAUUAUAUUGAUUUUUCAAACUGUUUAUCACCAACUGAAGGCAUUUUUCCUGUUACACAUGCUGUCCACACCAUCUUACAGGUGUAUUUUCUGUGGUGUCAUGCAAAGGAUGUUAUCCAGUCUUUCAAAACACUUGAAAGGUUUGGUGUUAUCCAUUCUGUUUUCACAAAUCUGCUCCUGUGGACAAAUGGCGUGUUAACGGAGUCAAAACAUCAAUUGAAUGAACAUAAGGAAAGACUAAUCACACUUGGUUUUGGGAACAUAACUAUAGUUCUAGAUGAUCAUGCACCUCAAUGCAACUGCACAACAACAACUCUCUGCUCAAUAUUUUCUCAGGGAAUAUAUUACCUAUAUCCCUUUAAUAUAGAGUACCACAUCCUGGCAUCCACGAUGCUCUAUGUCCUGUGGAAGAACAUUGGUCGGAAAGUUGAGCACCACCAGCAAACCAAAACUCCAUUCAAAUUCCAUGGCAUAACUGUCGGAAUGAUUUUUGGACUAAUUGUGUUAACUAGCACAAUAGGCAUAGUUGUUGUGUAUUUAAUUCAGAUUGGAGGCUCAAAAAUCAAAAGUGAAUUAGCACUCACUAUGUUUUACUUGCACGCUAUCUUCGUGUUGGCUCUCAUGUGCACGGCUGGAAUUGUCGCCCUUCUCAUCUACAGACUGGAGGAUAGAUCACUGGAUAAUUCCAAGAACCCUGCUCGAAAACUGGAUGCAGAGCUGCUGGUGGGCACAGCUGCAGGGUCCUGGCUGCUCUCCUGGGGCUCAAUCCUUGCCAUUAUCUGUGCCCAAGGUCAUCCCAAAUACACAUGGUAUAACCUGCCCUACUCGGUUCUGGUGAUUAUUGAGAAAUACAUUCAGAACCUCUUUAUCAUUGAAUCCAUCCACCGUGAGCAGGAGAAGGUGAAUGAGGACAUUAAAACUCUACGAAUAGUGACCAUAUCUCGGGGGAGCACCUUGUCCCUCAGCCCCUUGUACAAAGAGAUUUACAAUGGCAGAGCUGCUCGUGACAGUGGUGACAUACCCUGUCUGUUUAAAGGCAGCAUCUGUGGGAGAGAAAACGAUGCUGCUGGUGUUGCUACAGAAGAAACGAGUCACGACAAUAGUUUGGUCAUGCACUCAGCCUCAGAUUUCUCAUUUUACAGCAGAAACUCAGUUACUAACAACAAGAGGAGAAUUUUGAAGAACAUCGCUGCAUUUUUAUUCCUCUGCAACCUUUCGCUGUGGAUACCACCGGCCUUUGGGUGCCGCCCGGAGUAUGACAAUGGACUGGAAGAAAUAGUUUUUGGCUUUGAACCCUGGAUAAUUGUUGUGAACCUUGCGAUGCCUUUUUCUAUUUUCUAUCGGAUGCAUUCAGCUGCCUCGCUCUUUGAGGUCAAUUGUAAAACAUAG